CUCGGCGCAGGCGCGCAGCUCGCCGUGCCUGGGCCGCGACCGACCAUCGGCGAUCGGCUACUUGGGUCUGUCUCCUCGCUGCCGCGCGCACUUUGUCAAAGUGUGGGCCCUGGGUUCCCUCGCGCGGGUGUGAGUGAUGCUCCCGGAGCUUCUUCCGCGUUGGGCUCUUCCACUUUGGCCGCCUUCUUUUGGCUCACUCUCGACUUCGUCCACUUCUGGGUUGCUUUUCCCUUGUCCUUGCGUCCGCAUGUCGUCGGCCGCAAUCGUGGAAGCCUCACGCGGGAGUGCUGUUUCUGCGAAGACCCCGCGGGUGGCUUUCCAACCCUGCCACCAUGAACGGGGUCGUGAUCCCCCAAACGCCCAUUGCUGUGGACUUUUGGAGCCUGCGCCGUGCUGGUACCGCGCGGCUCUUCUUCUUAUCCCACAUGCACUCCGACCACACGGUGGGCUUGUCUAGCACUUGGGCACGGCCCCUCUACUGCUCCCCAAUCACGGCCCAUCUCCUCCACCGUCACCUACAGGUAUCGAAGAAGUGGAUCCGAGCGCUGGAGGUUGGUGAGAGCCAUGUAUUGCCUCUCGACGAAAUUGGGCGAGAAACCAUGACUGUAACCCUUCUAGAUGCCAACCACUGCCCUGGUUCUGUCAUGUUUCUCUUUGAAGGAUACUUUGGAACAAUCCUCUACACAGGUGAUUUUCGAUAUACACCAUCCAUGCUGAAGGAGCCUGUCCUGAGUCUGGGGAAACAAAUUGAUACUUUAUAUCUCGACAACACCAAUUGCAAUCCAGCCCUGGUUCUUCCUACCCGACAAGAAGCUACUCGGCAGAUUGUCCAGCUCAUUCGGCAGUUCCCGCAACAUAACAUAAAGAUUGGGCUCUAUAGCCUAGGGAAAGAAUCACUGUUGGAGCAACUCGCCCUCGAGUUCCGGACCUGGGUGGUUUUGAAUCCUCGACGCCUGGAGUUGGUGCAGCUGCUGGGCCUCGCGGAUGUGUUCACGGUUGAGGAGAAAGCUGGGCGCAUCCAUGCUGUAGACCAUACGGAGAUCUGCCAUUCUGCCAUGCUUCAGUGGAACCAGACUCACCCUACCAUUGCUAUUCUUCCCACAAGCCGGCCAAUACGGAGCCCUCAUCCAUGCAUCUUCACUGUCCCUUACUCGGACCAUUCGUCUUACUCCGAGCUGCGGGCUUUCGUUGCGGCUCUGCGGCCCUGCCAGGUGGUGCCCAUUGUCCUUCAGCAGCCUUGCGGAGAGUUCUUUGAGGACAGCUUGAGUCCCAGGCUCUCUGUACCCCUGAUUCCACACUCAGUGCAGCAAUACAUGUGUUCCUCCCCUAGGAAAACAAACGUGCUCUGGCAGUUAGAAAGGAGACUGAAGAGGCCAAGAAUCCAGGGUGUUAUGUUUGAAUCCCCUGAGGAAAAAGCUGAUCAGGUGAAAGUUGACAGAGAAUCAAAGAAGCACAAGAAAGAAAACCUCUCUCCCUGGCCCGGGGACCCUGAGAAGCUCUGCCCGCACCCUCUGCAGCCCAGGAAGCAAUUGUUCCCAGACUUCUCCAGGAAAGAGUGUGAAGAGCCGGUCCUUCUUUGUGACUCCAAGAAGAUGGCGACUUUGGAAUUUUCAGUGCAAUUACAGCCUGUAGAUGAGUUUAUCUCUGCAGAAACCAGGGAGGAAAUUGGCUUAGGGUCCCCCUCGAUACCUAGGGGAGGCAAUGGCUCACCGGCUCAAGGGAACCAAAGAGGCUCUCCCCUGUCUCACAUUAGCAAAGACAUUCAUCCAGCUGCCCAGUCCAGGGCCCUGGCGCUAAAAUACCUUCUUACUCCAGUGAAUUUCUUUCGAGCCGGCUUCUCUUCUAGGAACUUUGACCAGCUAGUGGAAAAGUACCAGAAGAGUGCAUGGUAACAGUUCUGAUGGAUCACUGCGGUGUUGAACAGUGGAUGAUGGCCGGCCAGUGGCAAAAGUUGGGUGUCUUCCUUUCCAGAGUCCUGUGGCUCACUCACCCUGGAGUGACUCUUCGGAAGCUUGUGAUGGAGUCCUGGUGCCUAUGAAACCCUUAGCUUUAUAGCUGAUAAUUAUUAUUUAUAUUAGUUUUAUUAUAUUUAACAUCUUCAUUAUAAAAUAUCCAGUGUUCAUAAGCACAUUGAAAGUUCUUAGUCCCAUAGCUACUUAAUCUGUUCAACUUGGUUUAACCCAGUUUUUCUUAAACUUUUAUCAACAUGCAGGGUUUUUUGUUUGUUUGUUUGUUUUUGUUUUUUAGUGGAAAAGGUAGAAUCUGAAUCAAAAAUGAACCAGGUUUGUCCCAUGUGUCAUAUUCCUCGAGUCCCCUUCAUUCUAUUCCUAGAUAAAAAGUCCUUAGGUUAUUCAUUUUCAAAUUGUAAACCAUGGUGCUGGAGAAUAAAGUGGUAGCUUGGGCAGCAUGUUCUAAUUCUGAGUGUCACGGACUUGCUGUGGCCCUAUCCAGGUAACUUCCUGUCUGUGCCUCAGGGAGGGAACAGGAAACCAUGAAGGGGUCUUGAAAUUGUUGAGAAAACAACACCUUCCUCUUUCAUGAAGGCCGUUAGUAACUGUCACGAGAAAUCUACCUGGAACAGAGCCAUUUGGGGGUUAGGAACCUGGACCAGAAUAAACUUGACAUUAAGGCUUAGAAUAUGUCCGAGCUACUGGAUACCUGGAGACACUACUUUGUUAAAGUUAUAAAAGAUAAAUAUGCUGGCAGAUAUUCCUCUGAUUGUUCACAUAGCUGGGAUCCCACCACCACCAGCAGUCUGAGUGAGGAAGCCAGAGUGCAGAGCUUGUUUGUUUUAGUAUCCAGGGGAGAGACCAAGGAGCCCGCUGGCUGGAAUGGGUCAGAGUGUGCAGUUUACCCUGUCCCCGCCCGUAACCUAACAAAAUGCCAAGUCUGUAAGCAAGGCAGCCUAUAGCACAGCCCCGAGGAAUGUGCUCAGGGAGGGCGCAGGCGAGGAACUGGGCAUAGGAGUAAAAGCAGCUUCAGCAUGGACCCUUGAGCCUUAGCAAUGAAGACGGCGGUCUCUUAGCCUUGGGAAGGAGGAGGCAGCUUUGCUACUUUGGGAAGGAGAAGUGAAAUUUAGAGAGCAAAGUAAGGCUUUGCUCGUGAACACACUGUAACGUGCCCUUCUUGUCAGUGACCUUCUUAUAACCUCUAAGGGCCCCACAGGAGCUGCAGCAGGUGAGGUAUGUGGUACAGCAGGAAACCUGGACGUCGUCUGGGCUGGAAUCCAGGGCACCUGGCAAAUCAUUUAAAUAGAGGAGCCUCACUCAACAUAAAGUGGGGGCUGCGAUGCCUAUCUCCCAUGAUUGCUAUGUAGAUUAGAUUAUUGGUGAAAUUCCCUAGCUCUGUCUCUGGGACAUGCAGUAUGUCAGAUACUGGUCUUUGUAGCUAAAGGUACAGCACUGGUAAGAUGUGUGUUUAGCAAGCUAAAAUCCUGGGUUCUAUCCUGAGUGCCACCAAUAAUAAUAACAAUAAUAAUGUAACAAAGUCUUGAUUCUCUUUAGUCUUCAAAACAAUUCUCUGCUAGUUCCAGUACAGGCGCCAAAGUUACCAAGAAACCCCGUUCAAACAAACAAACAAAAAACCCUCUUAAAAAUCCAAAGUAAGCCGGGUGGUGGUGGUGUAUGCCUUUAAUCACAGAAGAAGCAGGUGGAUCUCUUGAACCACCCCUCCCCCCCCCAAAAAAAAACAAAAUAAACUGUCUUCCAUGUAAACUGAUGAGUCCUUUUCUGGUCUUUCUGAGGAUUUAAAUAUGUUAAAUGUAUGCAUUUCUGAAUUAAGAUAAUUCACACGUGUGUGCCUGCACACACACAUUGUUUUUUUUUAAAUGUAAAGGGUGUUGGAGAGAUGGUCCAAUGGUUAAGAGCUCUCACUGUGCUCCUGAGAACCUAGAUUCAGUCCCCAGCACUCACAUAGGGUGGGUCAUAACCACCUGAAGUAACUUAGGUUCCGGGGGAGUUUGAUGCUCUCUGACCUCCAUAAACAACUGCACAUAAACUCGUGCAGCCUUACACAAUACACAAAUAAAAAUAAUUUUUAAAAAGACUUUAAAGGGUCCAGUGAGAUGACUCAUUGGGUAAAGGCACUUGCCACACAAACUGGUGAACUGGGUUCAACCCCCAGAACCCACAUAAAAGUGGAAAAGGAGAAUUGAGCCUGUAAAGUUAUCCUCCAGCUGACUGGCAUGCAUGCCCAUACACAAACAAUAGUUAAGGGCGGGGUGGGGAACUGAGUACAAUACUGUGUAUAGUUUUAAAUGCUGUGCUUUUCUUAAAUGGGAGUCAAAAUGCCAAUAUAAAAAGCGUAUUUUGCUGGGCGAUGGUGGUGCAUGCCUUUAAUUGCCGCACUCGGGAGGCAAAGGCAGGUGGAUCCCUUCGAGUUCGAGGUCAGCUUGGUCUACAAGAGCUAGUUCAAGGACAGACUCCAAAAGCUGCAGAGAAACCCUGUCUCGGAAAACCAAAAAAAAAAAAAAAAACCUAUUUUAAUAGGGUCAUGUCAUGUGAUAUGUUAAUAAACCAUUUUCAACCUAAAUUAUUAGAAAUUAUAACAAAUUAUUCAAUAUUUGCAUACUUUUGAAAAAAUCUUUAGAUAAUUUAUUUUCUGUGUAAGUGUUUUGUUUUGUAAAUGUUACGUGGACUGCAUGCAUGCCUGGUGCCCGUGGAAGUCAGGCUAGAGUGCUGAAUUCCUGGAAUUGGAUUUAUGGAUGGUUAUGGGUUACCAUAUGGGUGCUGGAAACUGGACACGGGGGUCCUCUCCAAGAGCAACAAAUGUUAACUGCUGAGCCAUUUCUCCAGCACCUUUACACUGUUCUUAAUUAGGAAUAUGAACUUUUCUCCUGGUAGUGCUGGGGAUCAAACUCGGGGCAUUGAACAUGCUAGGCAGAUGCUCUGCCAGGGAGCCACAUUUCCAGCCCUCAAGGAACAUACUUGUGUGUGCAUCUAUCUUGGCAUGUUAAUUUAUA